CCCCCCCCCCCCGUGGCAGAAGUGUAGCAGAACUCUCCGCCCUAACGACGCUAAUACUACAAAGAAAAGGAAAAUAGAAACAGCAACGCAAAUAAACACACACAACAGGUUCGCCGUAUUGGAAUCCUCAAACGACGCCAUGGAAAUCGUAGAACCGCCACCAAACCAACACUCACAGAGAAUCCCCCCUCCCCCAACAAUAUUUGUGGACGACGUCAUUGACAUACAGACAAUGAUCAAGUCCCUAGAGAGAGAUAUCAGCAAGGAGGAAUAUAACCUUAAGAUAAGCAACAAUAAAGUAAAAAUACUGCCGACGAACCCAGAAGCUUACAGAAAACUCACCAAGACACUCAGGACCCUGAACGCCAACUUCCACACCUACCAACUCAAACAGGAAAGGCCUUUCCGGGUGGUCCUACGAAACAUACACCACUCAGCAGACAUAGACGAACUCAAAUACGAACUCUCAAAACUCGGCCACGAAGUCAUCAACGCACUCACUCCACUGACCAGUGCGCCAAAUCACCGGAAACCCCAGCGAAAUGCAUCCACUGCCAAGGGGACCACCCUGCCAACUACAAAGGCUGCCCAGCAUAUAAAACACUAUACACGAACAGGUACCCUAAGCUCAGAGCAAAAGAGGUAUCCAACCAAACACCCAGCCCGCCGAAAUUCACGACUACCCCAACCCCCUCAACCAACCAAACACCCAGUCCUACCAAAUUCAUCUCCACCUCAACCUCCUAUGCCCAAGCAGUACAAGGCAUCCAAAAUAACCCGAACAGCCAAAGGAACCUUCCCCAAAACAGUGUCCCCAACCCACCUAACACAGACAACUCCUCAAAGCUUGAAAAGCUAAUAGAGAAACAAUCAGAGCAAAUAAAUCACUUGCUAUCGCUACUAACACUCAUCGUGGAAAAAUUAGCACGCCCCGACUCAAAAUAAAACCAAGGCGCAUAGCACUCUGGAACGCCAACGGUCUAGCGCAACACAAACUUGAACUAGAACUCUUCUUAAAACACCAGCAAAUCGACGUA